AUGCUGGUGGAGUUAGGGAUCCAAUCUGUGGAAAUCCUGGGAGAUUCCAUGCUUGUUUUGAAGCAGAUUGCUGGAGAAUACAAGUGUCUAAGUCCUUCCCUAGUUGUCUAUUUAGUGGCAACUAGGAAUCUUCUAACAGAGUUUAGAGAAGCUACUUGGGAACAUAUCCCAAGGGAGGAAAACUUUGCAACCAAUGAACUGGCUCAAGUAGCAACAGGUAUACAAAUGCAUGAAGAUUUCGUAUAG